UUAUUCUUUUACUGAGAUUAUUAGAAAACAUGGCGGAAAGCGAGCUGAACGUAGACAGCAUCAUCUCUCGAUUGCUUGAAGUGCGGGGAUGUCGUCCAGGGAAGAUCGUUCAGAUGACCGAGGCGGAGGUGAGGGGGCUGUGCAUCAAGUCUAGGGAGAUCUUCCUCAGCCAGCCCAUCCUGCUGGAACUGGAGGCUCCUCUGAAGAUCUGUGGCGACAUCCACGGCCAGUACACAGACCUGCUGAGGCUGUUUGAGUAUGGAGGCUUUCCCCCUGAGGCUAACUACCUGUUCCUGGGGGACUACGUGGACCGGGGAAAGCAGUCCCUGGAGACCAUCUGUCUCCUGCUGGCCUACAAGAUCAAAUACCCCGAGAACUUCUUCCUGCUGAGGGGGAACCACGAGUGUGCCUCCAUCAACCGCAUCUACGGCUUCUACGACGAGUGCAAGCGCAGGUUCAACAUCAAGCUGUGGAAGACCUUCACGGACUGCUUCAACUGUCUGCCCAUCGCCGCCAUCAUCGACGAGAAGAUCUUCUGCUGUCACGGAGGUCUGUCCCCUGACCUACAGUCCAUGGAGCAGAUCCGCCGGAUCAUGAGACCCACUGAUGUUCCUGACACAGGCCUGCUGUGCGACCUGCUGUGGUCCGACCCCGACAAGGACGUGCAGGGCUGGGGAGAGAACGACCGCGGGGUCUCCUUCACGUUCGGGGCCGACGUUGUCAGCAAGUUCCUCAACCGGCACGACCUGGACCUCAUCUGCAGAGCCCACCAGGUGGUUGAGGACGGGUAUGAGUUCUUUGCCAAAAGACAACUGGUGACAUUGUUCUCCGCCCCCAACUACUGUGGGGAGUUUGACAACGCUGGAGGCAUGAUGAGUGUGGACGAAUCGCUCAUGUGCUCCUUUCAGAUCUUGAAGCCGUCAGAGAAAAAGGCAAAGUACCAGUACGGAGGGGUGAACUCUGGACGCCCGGUCACUCCACCCCGUACUGCCCAAGCCCCCAAGAAGAGUUGAUGUAAACAUAGCAGAUGACAUCAUCAUAGCAAGGUUGUGCACACGCUCACCAAGCGCAGUGGAAGGCAGAGAUGGCACUGGCAUUAAACAGUGCGCCACCUACUGGUACAUGUUUGUAAGAACGCCCAAGAGGUUGAGGAAGAAUGGACAAGUGACUGAUCCAAAUAUCAUAUGUAAACAUGGGUGUUCAUGCUAUAAGAUGACACUGUGCAUCAGUGUCAUUUUCAUCCAACUAAUGAACAUUUAUAGGAAUAUUCUAAUGAUUUAAAAACAAAUGUAGAUUUUGAUUAAAAUCUUGCCUUUUUCCUUGUUAAUCUGUUGGUCUAUUCAAGUUGGAAACUGUAAGUGUCUAAAGAUUUGUACAAGUGUUUCAGAUCCUUUGAAUGAAAUAAACAGAAGAGUGAUGUUGAUGUUG